UUAGCACGCGAUCCGAGAAGCAAAACCAGACCAAGCAAUAAACAAGACUGAAAGCGAGCCUGAUCGUUGAGGAGGAUCGCUUCCAGCGGUAGGAUUUUCAUGCCUUCGGAUUCGCCGGCAAAAAUGAGUUCCCCUGAGGCAGCAAAGAAGAGGAUUCUUCCAGCAUGGAUGACCAAGAAGAUAGCUGAACCAGCAGAAAAGGCAAAAAUGAAAUCAAAGAGAAGAAAAAGGACAGAUUUAGCAAGGACUGAGACUGUGUAUUGUAUGAAUGAAGCAGAGUUGGUCGACAUGGCUCUUUGUAUUUUAGCUGAGAAUUGCAAAGCUAUAGAAGGUGAUGUGAUUUCAUCAGAAGAUGAGGUCCAAGAGCAUCAACAGGAAUUGACAGAUGGUCACCAUCCAAGGACUGCUGCCAACAUUGCCAAGGAUCCUCCUGUACCAUCCACACCUCCAGCUCAGUCAGCUUCUUUAAGUAGCAAUGAGGAAACCAAACUGGAGGAAGAAGAUGAUGCCUUAAAAUAUGUCAGGGAGAUUUUCUUUACAUAAUUUUAACAUUUAUAAGCAACAUCUAGGUUUUUUAAAUUGAUAAAUAGGAGAUAUAGAUAGGAUAAUGGUGGCUAGGAUACCAGAAGUGAAGGAAUGGUACAUCACAAUGGCAGGACUUCAUGAAAUAAACCGAUCAGGAGGAGAGACUUUAUGGAAAUCUAUUUUUAUAAUUGGAGAUUUAAUGGGAUGCAUUGGGGGGAAGAAUGGUGAAAUCUCCUGCUGGGUUCCCUGGUUCGAUAAGCACU